AUGUCAAACAACAAUCUGAAAGGAGGCAUCCCGCCUGCACUGGGGAACCUCUCCUCCCUGCUAGUUCUGGACCUAUCACAUAACAAUCUAACCGAAGCCAUCCCACCUUCACUUGGGAAUCUCUCAUCUCUCACCAACAUGGAUCUUAGCUUCAACACCCUCUCAGAUGAGAUCCCACCGACAAUUGGGUCCCUCCCUUUUCUCACCAACCUUUAUCUCACUUUAAACACUCUCUCUGGAGGCAUCCCAGCUUCAUUAGGGACCCUCCCUUCUCUCAAAUUUCUUGGGCUGUCGCAUAACAAAUUGUCAGGCAUGAUUCCAUCCUCCAUCUACAAUCUUUCAAGCCUUAUUUACCUUGGUGUGGCUGACAACCAGCUCGUCGGUACUCUUCCACCCGACAUGGGCCAUACUCUUCCCAGACUCCAGAGCCUCUUGAUGUAUUUCAACCAAUUUCAUGGCUCGAUCCCUGCAUCGCUAACCAAUGCUUCCGGCCUCCAAGACAUCGAGCUCACCGGGAAUCGGUUCACUGGCACAAUCCCAUCGAAUCUGGGGGCCUUGGCUGAGCUAUAUUGGCUCAAUCUGGAUAGGAAUCAGCUAGAAGCUAGAGAUGCGGAUGGCUGGAGCUUCAUCACCUCAUUAACGAACUGUAGCAAUCUGCAAGUAUUGCAGCUUGACAACAAUGGGCUUGGAGGCACGUUGCCUAGCUCAAUGGUCAAUCUCUCCACCACCCUUCAGUGGUUGGGAUUGGGAGGAAACCAGAUAUCAGGUACCUUGCCAAGCGAAAUUGGCAGGUUUGUCAACCUAAACUUUUUUGCCAUGGACCGAAACCUUCUAACUGGAAGUAUUCCAGCCACCAUUGGAAAACUUCAGAAUAUGAUAAUUCUUGACCUUCACGCUAACAACUUCUCUAGUGGAAUUCCAUCUACCAUGGGUAACCUGACUCAGCUGAAUGAACUUUAUUUAGGAGCCAAUGCCUUGAAAGGAAGCAUUCCUGUGACCUUGGGACACUUGACAGCCUUGGGACAAUUAGAUCUUUCCUACAAUCAGCUCACUGGCAGCAUACCAAAAGAAGUGGUUAGCCUUUCCUCGCUUUCCAGAUACCUCGGCCUGUCCCAUAAUUCGCUCGUCGGGCAUCUACCCGCAGAAAUUGGUCGCUUGAAAAAUCUCCGUGAGUUGCAUGCUUCUGACAACAACCUGACGGGUGAAAUUCCUAGAAGCAUUGGAGAAUGCCAGGUCAUGGAGUAUCUGUAUAUGGAAGGUAACCAAUUCCAAGGGAUCAUUCCCCAAUCAAUGAGCAAUUUGAAAGGUAUUCAAGAAUUAGAUCUUUCACGCAACAACUUGACCGGUGACAUCCCUCAAUUUCUAGAGGAGUUUAGAUCUCUGACCUAUUUGAAUCUAUCUUUCAACAAUUUUGAAGGAGAGCUGCCAGCCAGACUCUUUGAAAAUCUGAGUGCCUUUUCAGUUGUUGGUAAUGACGACCUUUGUGGUGGUAACCCAAAAUUGCAGUUGAAGCCAUGCCCCCUACAAAACCAUAAGAGAAGACACAAAUCACUGCUAAUCAAAGUAAUCAUCCCAAUUGCUGCUGUGUUUCUAUGCCUGAUCCUACUAAUAUGUUUGCUAGCUAUUCGUUCUUGGUUAGAUGAUUCAAGAAAGAAAUCUCCACUAAACACUCCCUUGGAAAACCAACACGUCAGGAUCUCUUACACUCAGCUGCUUAAAGCAACUGAUGGAUUCUCUGCAGCAAAUUUGAUUGGGACUGGAAGUUACGGCUCGGUGUACAAAGGGAUUAUCAAUCUUGGUGAAGAAAAGAUUGUGGCUGUCAAGGUACUAAACCUUCUACAGAAAGGAGCAUCCAGGAGUUUCACAGCUGAAUGUAAUGCCUUGAGAAGUACCCGACAUCGAAAUCUGGUCAGAGUAAUAACAUCCUGUUCCAGUGUGGAUUAUAAAGGGAAUGAUUUCAAAGCUAUAGUUUAUGAGUUCAUGCCUAAUGGGAGCCUAGAGAAUUGGUUACAUUCAGAAGAAAGUGAUCAAAGUCAAGAGAGAAACCUCAGCCUCAUCCAGAGGUUGAACAUAGCCAUAGAUGUAGCUUCUGCAUUGGAUUAUCUUCAUCAUGAUGGCCCAACUCCAGUCGUUCAUUGUGAUCUCAAGCCAAGUAAUGUUCUUCUCGAUAACAACAUGACUGCUCAUGUGGGUGACUUCGGGCUGGCCAGGUUUCUUACCAAAACUGUUAGUAAGUCAUCUCAGAAUACAUCCAUAUCAGUUGGAGUGAUGGGGACAAUUGGGUAUGUUGCCCCAGAGUAUGGGGUAGCCAAUCAAGUCUCUGUUGAAGGAGAUGUUUACAGUUAUGGAAUACUUCUGCUAGAGAUGUUUACUGGGAAGAGACCAACUGAUGAGACAUUGAAAGAAGGCUUAGGCCUUCGCAAGUUUCUUGAAAUGGCCUUCACCGAAAGAGUCAUGGAUAUUGUAGAUCCACGCCUGCUAUCAAAAGAGAACAAUGGAGAAGCCAAUUAUAGAAUUCAGGACACUGGUAAUACAAGAAUACAGGAGUGCUUGGUUUCUGUUCUCGGAAUUGGCCUCUUGUGCUCAAAUGAAUCACCAAGGGAACGAAUGCAAAUGGCAGAUGUGAUAAAGGAAUUGCUUGCAGCUAGAGAUGCAUUAACUGGAGCAGGAACCUAUGGGGAUAGGAGACAGAGACCGUUUUAAUGGCAAAGGCCCGUCAGCCAUUGAAAACAAUGGAAUGAAGUAGGAAUAAAUAACAAUACAGUUUCUUUGAUACAUUGAAGAGAUCAUAUCUAAUUGUUUAUGACGGUCACCUAUGUAAGUUUUAUUCUUGAUUCUGCUAGUAAAAUUUCAAAUAAGCUGGAAGGAUUUUAUGCUCAGGAGAAGAGAUAUCAGAGAACCAUUUGCUUAAUCCGAGAUGCAAUGUUUGUACUCUUGUACUCUUUAUAUCUAUCAUUAACAUUAUAUUACAUAGUUAUAGACUUAUAGUGUUUUGCAUGAUCCAUGAAUCAACUCUGUUCCCUUCACUUACAAAUGGAUCUCAAGUUUUAUUUUCACAAUAUUGUCUAUGAUGAUAUGUAACAUAUGGAGUUGGCACAGCCUCAGCACAGAAGUAUCAAUCUGCUAUCAGUAUGAGACAUGUUAUGCAAUGAAACUUCAGUAAAGAACUAGAAAAAGAAACAUCAACACAGAUAACAAGCUGCUGAUCGAACAAAGAUUUUGAUUAUGUUAAUGCAUAAAAUUUACUUUCCGAAGUUAAGAAUUCUAGAUAAGUCCAGCCUGCCUCACACUAAAAUCAUAUAUGCAACCUUGAAUAUGGUCUAACGCAUGUUUAUAAUGCCAGCAUAUUGUCUUAGCUUUGUGCCUUGUUUAGCUCUAGAAGAAACAUGUCAGAGUAAGGCCAAGUAGGAGUGAGACUCAAGAAAUAGAUAUAACAUGCAAAUAAAACAUAAUUUCAAUCCAGACCUGGAUUCCUGUUUUUUCUAUUAGUGACUCCAAAAAUUUUCUCGAUAAUUCCCACAGCUCAGCUUGAGCCCAUCAGCAUCAGUCAAUUGUAAUUGAGGUAGUAAAAGUUAUAAUUGGGAGUAAAAAAAACAAAAACAAAAUAUUUAUGGCUGAAUCAAUAUCGGUAACAAGAAAUAUAUCGAUAGCAUACCUUUAGUACAUUAGAAAUAAGUGUGGAAGCACCGUUUGGGACUUAUCAUAAAGCAACUUGCAUAAAUUCCUCUCCUUAUUGUACUAAAAAAAUGCUCAUGUUUUUGGGCUCCAUACUUUUUUAUUCUCUUCUCAUGUAAAUUUGUAUUCAUAUUUCUUGUUAGAGAAAGUAAUCUCAAAAUUGGAUUGUGUUUGUGGAUUAAUAGAACUUGAGUAUGAUAUCUCCAGCUGGUCGGAGGCCUCUUAACAACAAUGUGGUCAUAGAAGAUCUCAACUUGAUUGGAGUCU